AUGUCCGCCGCCGCCGCCCCGUCCAACCCGCAGGAAGCACAGGAGAAGCACGACGCCGAGGCCAGCGUGAAGCGCAACCCGCACGGCGACUUUGCCCAAGUGCAGGCCUCGCGCCCGGACUGGGACGAGUCGCACACGUUCCGAUACACCAAGACGCGGAAUCCCGAGUGGACGUACGGGUCGGGAGCAGCAGACACCACCACCGCCACCACCACCACCAAUACCACAGCCAACGAGACGACGCAGAAGCAACACAUCAGCAUCGAUCCCUAUGCGCCCGGCCGCCAGCCCGUGCAGAACUACAAACUCCUCAUCAGUGGCAUCAUCCCGCGGCCCGUGGGGUUCCUGUCGACGCGGUCGGCCGACGGGUCGUCGACGAACCUGGCGCCCUUUUCGUACACGCAACUAUUCAACCACGACCCGCCCAUCUUCUGCGUCGGGUUCGCCGGCGGCUUCGACAACGCCAAGGACUCGCUGCGCAACCUGCUGGACAGCCGCGAGUGCGUCAUCAACAUCAUCUCCGAGGACUUCGUCGAGGCCGCCAACGCCUGCGCCAUCGACCUGCCCUACGGCGUGUCCGAGUGGGGCGUGUCGGGCCUGACUCCGGCCCCCUGUGACGUGGUCCAAUGCUCCCGCGUGCAGGAGAGCGUCUUCAGCGUCGAGGGCAAGUUGGUGUCAACGCAGGAGUUCGCGUCGCGGUCGCUGCAGACGCCGGGCAAAAAGACCGGCGUGCUGGCAAUCAUCGAGGGCGUGCGCUUCUGGGUCCGCGAGGACGCCAUCAACGAGGACCGCACGCUGAUCGACCCGGCCGUGCUGCGGCCCGUGGCCAGACUGGGGGGCAUCACGUACGCCAGGGUGGUGGAUGGGUUUGAGCUGACGAGGCCGGUCUUCGAGGACGAGAGGAAGCAAGGAAAGCUGGAUGAAGCGCUGCUCCGGGCAAAAGUCGACGGACAGUAA